CUGUGCACAUCGUAUCGUUGAGCGUUUCGCGAGUGUGAGGCAGCGACUUCUGCGUUCCGUUCCGUUCCGUUGGUGUUUUCGUGAGAAAGAGAGAGAGAACCCAGCCAAGAUCGCGAAGAGAUCGGAGGAUGUUCGUGGAGAGCUUCCGGGUGGACAGCCCACUGGUGCAGUACGGCGACGGCGAGAUCCAGUCGGAGUACCGCUACGACACGACCGAGGUCGUCCCGCCGGGGAAUGGCGGUGGCGCGGGGUGGAUGGUGCGCCCAAAGUCUGUCACCUACAACUUCAAGACCAGCACCAACGUCCCAAAGCUAGGGGUGAUGCUCGUCGGAUGGGGCGGCAACAACGGCACGACGCUCACGGCCGGGGUGAUCGCCAAUAGGGAAGGAAUUUCGUGGGAGACAAAGGAGAAGGUUCACAAGGCCAACUACUUCGGCUCCCUGACCCAGGCUUCCACCAUCAGGGUCGGCAGCCACAACGGGGAGGAGGUCUACGCGCCUUUCAAGAGCCUCGUGCCUAUGGUUGAUCCCAACUCCAUCGUCUUUGGUGGAUGGGACAUCAGCAAUCUGAACAUGGCUGACGCCAUGGCCAGGGCCAAGGUCCUAGACAUUCACCUUCAAAAGCAGCUCAGGCCCUACAUGGAAUCCAUGCUGCCACUCGCUGGCAUUUUCAACCCAGACUUCGUUGCCGCAAACCAAGGUGCCCGUGCUAACAAUAUCAUCAAGGGCACCAAGAAAGAGCAGGUGGAGCAGAUCAAGAAGGACAUCAGGGAGUUCAAGGAAAAAACCAAGGUCGACAAGAUAGUCGUGCUAUGGACAGCAAACACCGAGAGGUAUAGCAAUGUAGUUAGUGGGCUUAACGACACCAUGGACAACCUCUUGGCUUCGUUGGAAAAGAAUGAAGCAGAGAUCUCACCAUCCACCUUGUAUGCAAUAGCCUGUGUCUUUGAGGGUGUUCCAUUCGUCAAUGGAAGCCCUCAGAACACAUUCGUGCCCGGGCUGAUGGAGCUUGCCAUAAAAAAAAAUUCGGUGAUAGGAGGCGACGACUUCAAGAGUGGGCAGACCAAGAUGAAGUCCGUAUUGGUCGAUUUCCUCGUUGGUGCUGGGAUUAAGCCCACCUCAAUUGCUAGCUACAACCACCUAGGAAACAAUGACGGCAUGAAUCUCUCUGCCCCACAAGUCUUCCGGUCUAAAGAGAUCUCCAAGAGCAGCGUGGUGGACGACAUGGUUGCUAGCAAUCCCAUCCUCUACAAACUCAAUGAACAUCCUGAUCAUGUAAUCGUGAUCAAGUACAUCCCCUAUGUGGGUGAUAGCAAGAGAGCUAUGGAUGAAUAUACCUCAGAGAUCUUCAUGGGUGGCAAGAACACCAUUGUGCUGCACAACACCUGCGAGGAUUCGCUUCUCGCUGCACCGAUCAUCCUGGACUUGGUGCUCCUAGCUGAGCUCAGCACUCGGAUUCAGCUCAAGGCCGAAGGGCAGGAUAAGUUCCACUCCUUCCAUCCCGUCGCCACAAUUUUGAGCUAUCUCAGCAAGGCUCCUCUUGUACCCCCUGGCACACCAGUGGUGAAUGCUCUGGCCAAGCAGAGGGCCAUGCUGGAGAACAUCUUGCGGGCCUGCAUCGGCCUUGCCCCUGAGAACAACAUGAUGCUUGAGCACAAGUGAAGAGUUUCACAUCCCCUAAUGACCACAAGAUAGGAUGGAUGCAAAGGAGGGAUCAAGCGAAGGUGUGGGAAUAAUCCGCAUCCUCUGAGCCCAAUGAAGAAAUAACAGGAGGCCACAUGAAGCAAAAGUGUAAGGAGGAAGAUCAAGCAUCGAUGAUGCCACAAACAUUCUCUUGGAAGGCUAUCUGUUCUUUCUUUUUUAGUAUUAGAUUUAGAUUUGACUCAUUGUUGGUACUCAUGAGCUAGAUUCUGUACAUGCUAUCCACUGUAUGCAGCUUGAAACCUUUUUUUUUGUUGUGUGAUAGAGCUUAUAGAAGUAAAGUCUAAUUUUUUGAACUCUUCGUUGAUUUAUAUUUUUUUAAUUGAUGGUUGACGAA